AACGGAAGUUAGCGAUAGCACCCGAGAAGACCAAACGCGCCCUGUUGUGUUUUGUUUUGAAUCGCCGGGAAAGACGUCAUCGAAAUGUCGUUCAUCAAACAGUUUGUAAGGGAGCGGCUCAUGGCGGCGGCUGAUGAAAUAUUCGAGAUGUUUGAGACAACGAUCACGUCGUACGAGGAGGAACUUGCUCGAACGAGAGAGGAGAACACGCUGCAACGACAACAACUGGACGCUGUUAGCGAGACUCCAAACGUGAUCCGCGAUAAAGAUGUCCAAGAGGGGAUCUCCACUUUUAAGCCGCAGGAUCCACAGCCCCCCCACAUUAAAGAGGAACGUGAGGAACUCUGGAUCACUCGGGAGGAAGAGUGUAUUUUCAGGCUGGAGGAGGCUGAUCUCUCACUGACUGUAGUCUCUGUGAAGAAGACUGAAGACCAUGAUGACAAACCACCGGAGUUUUCACAUCACUUGUGUCCAGCAGACGUCCAGCAGCUGAUUCCCCCUCAUCCAAACGGGGAGAACUCCACUUCGGAAAUUAGGGAUCCACAACACCUUAACGUUAAAGAGGAAGAGGGGGAAGUCUGGGCCACUCAGGAAAAAGACUGCUUUCUAGGGUCGGAGGAGGCUGAUCUCACCACUGUUGUCUCUGUUAAGACUGAAGAUGACGAAGGCAAACUACAAGGAGACAAUUUCUUAGCCCCACUAUCAGAACGUGAGGAGGAAGACAGAGACGACAGCCAAGAACCUUUCAGCAGCGAUACAGUCUGUGAAGAUUUUACGAGGACUCACACUGACAACAAGCACUCCAAAUGCUCUGAAAAGAAGACUGAUAAAGAACAUUCCACCUGCUCACUUUGUGAUCAAAGCUUUUCUAAAAAGACUGAUUUCACCCGACAUAUGCGAACACACACAGGGGAAAAACCCUUUAAAUGCUUACUCUGCGAUGAAAGAUGUACUAACAAAGCAUCCUGGUUAUUACACAUGAGUGAACACACAAGACCAAAGCCGUUUAGCUGCGCAGUUUGUGAUAAAAAAUGUUCCACUAAGACUGAAAUCAAACGGCACAUGAGAACACAUACAGGCGAAAAACCCUUUAGUUGUUCAGUUUGCGACAAAAGUUUCUCUCUUAAAACAUCUGUGGUAGCCCACAUGAGAACGCACACAGGAGAAAAACCCUUCAGUUGCUUAGUUUGUGAUAAAAAAUUCACUCGUAAUUUCACAAUGGUAUCCCACAUGAAAACCCACACCGGGGAAAAACCCUUUAUAUGCUCUGUUUGUCAUAAAACAUUCUCGCUGAAGAUACAUAUGUUAACACACAUGAGAACACACACAGGGGAAAAACCCUUCAAAUGCUUAAUCUGCGAUGAAAGACUUACUAACAAAGCAUCCUGGUUAUUACACAUGAGUGAACACACAAGACAAAAGCCGUUUAGUUGCUCAGUUUGCGAUCAAAAAUGUUCCACUAUGACUGAAUUCACACGGCACAUGAGAACACAUACGGGCGAAAAACCCUUUAGUUGUUCAGUUUGCGAUCAAAGUUUCUCUCUUAAAACAACUGUGGUAGCCCACAUGAAGACCCACACGGGAGAAAAACCUUUCUGUUGCACAGUUUGCGGUAAGGGAUUUGCUCGGAAAACAACCAUGACUUCGCACAUGACAACACACGCAGGAGAAAAGCACUUGAGAUGUUCACUUCGUACAAAACAUUUACCUUGCAUGAAACUUUGAUGAUACACAUGCGUACACACAAUGGGGACUGAAUGUUUUCUUGGUCACUUUGUGCUUGAAGGUGUCUAUGAAUGUUCUCAUUCGUCCGGGUCAUUGUCAUCGCGGGGCAUUCAAUCGAUUGCAACUGGACUGUUUGGUUUUUCUUAGAAGACGUGUCGACGCUCAGCCGAGUAGGCUUCAUCAGUUCGUGCUUUUAGACUUAGAUUGGUCGGAUGUAGUCUUGGACUUGGAUUGGUCAGAUCUAGUCUUAGACUUGGAUUGGUCAGAUCUAGUCUUAGACUUGGAUUGGUCAGAUCUAGUCUCGCGGUUGGUGCCAAAACCCCAAAUAUUUAUACUCCAAUACCAGCUGGGUGUGCCUGGGCAAGGAUGGUUUCGCUCUAUCGUAUUGAGAAAAACAACUGUUUUGAUGCAAACGAGCAAUCCUAACUAGGGAUGUCCCGAUCCGAUAUUUGGAUCGGAUCGGCCGCCGAUAUUGGCCAAAAAAUGCGUAUCGGCAAGGCAUGGGAAAAUGCCGAUCCAGAUCCAGUUUUUUAAAAAAUUCCGGUCCGUGUUUUCCAACGCACAGAUUUAAAUAAUACAUUCCACUUUUCUGCUGCUCCCUAAUUUCCGUUACGCAUUUUCCAGCACACCUUCAACACAGUCGAGCAUACGUCCUCACGCAGUUGCCUUUAGCUGCCGGCAUUACACGACGGGCUCUUCCCACUCCUUCUGGUGUCUGCUUCUCACAGACAGCAAGCGCACCUUCUUACACACGUCACAUACUAUCACGUCAUACGUCACAUACGUAUACGCACUCUCCCAGCAGAGACGUAGCAGCAUGGCUAACGUUAGCUGUGACGCUAGCGUAGCCGUGUGAGCGGUAAUAAUGAAGGAAGAAUGUAUUAAUUCCCAAGAAAAACAGCAGGGGGUCCAUCGUCUGGCGGUGGUUGGGCUUCAAGCGGGAAUAUGUCGAACAGACAAUCGUAAUUUUUCAAGUGUGGGGCAAAAGCGUUGCUAUAAAAAGUAGCAUUACUGCUAAUAUGUAGCAUCGUUUGAAAAGUCCCCUGCUAGAAAACGAAGAGUGUUUGAAAUUCCGCACGUCAACAUCUCCAUUGUGUAUUAUUCAAACUCGCCUAAUUCAGCUGGCUAGUUGUUAUCAAGAGUACUAAAACCCUUUUCAACAUGAAUCUGACAACUAAGUAGGCUAAAUAACUUUCAAUUUUAAUACAUGCUCGGAUAAGGCCAGUAUCGGUGUCGGAUCGGAAGUGCAAAAAAAUCGGUAUCGGAUCGGAAGUGCAAAAACCUGGAUCGGGACAUCCCUAAUCCUAACUAUCAAUGCCAAUGACAGUUGUUGAAGUGUAAUUUCCCCUCGUUAGCAUUGAGGUAUUGCGUGGCAGAACGAUGCGUUGGAUGCUAAAUUGCAGAGUCUUCACUCUUCAUAAGAAUGGUUGUAUGUGGGAGACAGGUGGUGUUGCAAACUACCUCCUAUAGUUUUUCAACCUUGACAUAGGCUUCCAUCACUCCUCUUUAGUACCAUCCGUCCUCCCAGUCCAGAAUCUGUACAUUUUGUUGUCAAAGGAGUGCCGGUUCUCCCUGAGGUGCAGGUAGACAGCUAAGUCUUGGCCUGAAGACUUUGCCCGCCUAUGCUGUGCCAUACGACGGCUUAGUGGUUGUUUGGUUUUCCCAAUAUAUGAAUCAGUGCAUUCGUCAUUACACAUGGAUAGCAUGCACCAGAUUGUUUUUGUGGGUGUUUGGUGUACGGUCUUUAGGAUGCACCAUUCUCUGUCUCCGGGUGUGGCUUGGUUUGAAGUGUACCGGGAUGUUGUGUUCGUUAAAAAUCUUCUGAGUUUCUCAGAUAGACCUGAUACAUAUGGAAUGACAAUAUUUUUGCGUCUGUCACGUUUUUCCUCCUCAUCCACUCUGUUUUUGUAAUUUCUGGAACUGGAUGCAUUAUUCGCAAACAACCAGGUGGGGUAACCACAGGUUUUGAGGGCUUCCCUCAAAUGCCUAUGCUUUUUCUCUUUGGCCUGUGGGCUGGUUUGAACAUGAUCAGCUCUGUGUUGUAGGCUUCGGUAAGUUGUGCUUAGAGGUUUUUCCAAAUCAUGGAAGUGUAUUGUCACUCGCCAGAUUUCCUCAUGAACUCCCAAGUUGGUGUGCCACUAAGAACAGCAGCAAUAAGUACAAAAUAUUGAAUUCAUGGUUGCUACUCCCC